UUGGUGUAGUCCAUAGCAGCAGGCUGCCUUUACUCACAGACCUCUCCCUUUUUUUCACACACAUAACACACUCCCUCUGUGAGCCAUCCAGCGUUGAAACCUGUUUGACGGCCAGUGUUCAAAAUGAAGUGGACGCUGCCCUGCUUCCAGCUUUGACAGAAAAGAAAAUUCUCAUUCGUAGGCAUCCAGGAACAACAGCAGCAGCAGCAGCAGCAGCAGCACUGAGAAAUUUCUCUGCCACCAGCAGUCUUAACGAUUUAAAUGUCAUCCAUAGACAUUUCUGCCUCUGCUCCGGGAUCGUUUUUUCCUGUUCACAGAUAUUAAGAUUAAGGAGCUUGGAUUCUGAGGCUUGUAUCCAAGGGCAUCGGCUGUUACCAUACUGAGCUACAUCUGCUUCUUGACUAAGACUGAAGAAAGACAUCUUAAGCCUGGAAAUCCUGCCUGUGCCUGCAUCUCUAGUACACUUGCACGCGUGCAUGCGCGCGCACGCACACACACACAGCAUAAACUACAGCAGGUUCUUUUUUCAUAUUAAUUCCAAAAGGCUGCUUCAUUCUCUCGGUUCCAGUGACAAGAUAAUGAAGUCUCCCUGUCUCCAAAGAAGGAAAAUUACAGGAAUCAGCUGUUGAAAAGAAUCAGCAAGUUAAACAGCAGUAGCAGGAAAGGAGAAGGAAGAGGAGAGGGUGGUGGAAGAGAAGGAGAAGAAAAGAACGAAGGUUACUGACUGAGAGUUAAGAGCAACCACCCAAAAUAUCAAAGGAAACAAGUGGAAGACUGUAACAGAAAGCUCGAACACCCUUUAAAGUGAAGGCUUUCUUCUUCUUUUUCCUGAAAAUUUCCCAGUCAUUCAUUCUUAUUUUGGGAAAGGAAUUAAGCAAGACCAGAUUGACUGCAAUCUCCUUUCUUGACUCCUGCUGCUGCUGUUUGCUGCCCAUCCUGUUGCUCUUGCAGACAGAAACGUGUUAACAAAGCAGAGAAGAGGAAAAAAUGCCCGCCAUCCUGGUAGCCUCCAAAAUGAAGUCCGGACUACCAAAACCUGUCCAUAGUGCUAGUCCUAUUGUUCAUGUCCCAGCGGCCAGGACCAUCCCACAGCCCUGUUACCUGAAGUUUGGGAGCAAGGUGGAGGUGAACAAAUCCUCCUAUUCCAGCCAGAUCCCUCUCAAAUCACACCAUGGCCAUGAGAAUGCUGGAGAUGCCUUCCCUCCAAAGAAGAGUAGCUCCAUAGAAAAUGCCUUUGACACACAGAUUUAUACAGAUUGGGCCAACCAUUAUUUAGCAAAAUCUGGCCAUAAACGUUUGAUAAAAGACCUGCAGCAAGAUGUAACUGAUGGAGUUCUGCUGGCAGAAAUCAUCCAGGUUGUAGCAAAUGAAAAAAUUGAAGACAUCAAUGGCUGUCCAAAGAACAGAUCUCAAAUGAUUGAAAACAUAGAUGCAUGCCUGAGUUUCUUGGCUGCCAAAGGAAUAAACAUACAGGGACUGUCUGCAGAAGAAAUCAGGAAUGGGAAUUUAAAGGCCAUCUUAGGCCUUUUCUUCAGUCUAUCACGGUACAAGCAACAGCAGCAGCAGCCUCCAAAACAGCAUUCACAGCACCACUCAUCCCAGCCACCAGCCACAUCUCCCCAGCAAGUAGGAUCGCCAUCCCAUUGCCAGGUUGGACUCCAAGAACAGCAACUGCAACAGCAACUGCAACAACAGCAGCAGCAGCAACAGUCCCAACAACCAGUGCCAGCUUCUCCCCAUUCCCAGUGCCAACAACCUCAGCAACCACCACACAUUCAGCUAAAAGCACAACCAGAAAUGCAGUCCAGUGCAUCACCCAGGGACUCAUCUCAAUGCAAAAUCAUCCGAUUCACUCUUGGUCAGAAAAAGACUUCUAGACUUCCAGGUCCAACAACGAGGGUUUCAGCUGCAGGCAGCGAAGCAAAAACUCGUGGUCCAGUUAGUGCCAACAAUCGGCGCAGUCAGAGCUUUAACAACUAUGAUAAAUCUAAACCCACAAGCCCACCACCCCUUCUAUCAAAUAGCAAUGAUAAAGAGCCAGCAGACAACCUAGCCUCCCAACCCACAGGAAUGAAUGAAAAUGUGCCAUCUUCAGUCCAAACUAGCAGCAGCCCCAAUGCUGCCAAUUGCAAUAGCUCCUCUGCAAUCCCCCAGCCCAACUCUGCUGUUAAGCCCUGGCGCAGCAAGUCACUGAGUGUGAAACACACUGCCAUGUCUUCCACAUUAACAGUAAAGCAGCAAGUCCAAGAGUCUCCAAAAUCUGCUCCAGAGAUGGCCAAAACAACUCCCAAUGGUCAGAAAUCCAUGCUUGAAAAGCUGAAAUUAUUUAAUACAAAAGGUGGUUCCAAAGCAGGAGGAUCAUCCCUUGAAUGCCCAGGUUCUCGUGACACUAAUUGUGAAAGAUUAGAAACUCUCCCUAGUUUUGAAGAAACUGAAGAAAUGGAUGCUGCAAAUCGGAAUGCGAAUAAUCCAGGACCAAUAUCGAAUAGCCCCAAAAUUGCACUCAAGGGAAUUGCACAAAGAACAUUUAGCCGGGCACUGACCAAUAAAAAAAGUUCCCCAAAGGGCAAUGAGAAAGAAAAAGAGAAGCAGAAGGAUAAAGAAAAGGACAAAAACAAAGACACUGCAAAGAGAACAUCAGUAGCAGAAAAAACAGAUCUCAAAGAGGAGCUGAAAGAAGAACAGACCCCACCAGCUACCACAGAGAUGCCAAAAAAAUCCUCCAAGAUUGCAAGCUUUAUUCCCAAAGGAGGGAAGCUAAACAGCACCAAGAAGGAGGCACCUGCACCUUCCCACAGUGGAAUACCAAAACCAGGGAUGAAAAACACCACAGGGAAAUCCUCAAGUGCCCCAAGUUGUUCUGCAAAAGAAGGUGAGAGAAGCCGCAGUGGGAAGCUGGCAUCAGGCCUCUCUCAUCAGAAGCCCCAGCCCCAGUUAGAUGGGAGGAAUUCAAGUUCCACGUCAAGUUUGGCCUCAUCUGAAGGGAGAGGAAUAGGAGGAGCAUCUGCUCUGAGUACUAGCAACAGCACCCAGGCUGUCAGUGGGCCAACAAGCAAUACCACACAGACCACAGGAAGCAAUACUGUGAGUGUUCAGCUACCUCACCCACAACAGCAAUACAGCCACCCAAAUACUGCCACAGUAGCACCAUUUAUGUACAGAUCCCAGACAGACAAUGAAGGGAAUGUAACAGCUGAGUCCAGCACUGGAGGGGUGAGCACAAGCAUGGAUUCUGCUCCUUACACUAAAACUGGACAGCCUGUUCUAGAAGAUCUUUCUGGGGAAGAUCCAGAAACCCGCCGGUUACGAACUGUCAAAAAUAUAGCUGACCUCCGACAAAACUUAGAGGAGACCAUGUCUAGCCUACGAGGAACCCAGGUCUCUCACAGCACACUGGAGACCACCUUUGAUACCAAUGUCACUACAGAGAUAAGUGGACGUAGUAUUCUCAGUUUGACGGGAAGGCCGACACCCUUAUCUUGGAGACUUGGGCAGUCGAGUCCUCGACUUCAAGCAGGUGAUGCUCCAUCAGUAGGCAAUGGAUAUCCUCCAAGAGCCAAUGCCAGCCGGUUCAUUAAUGCAGAAUCAGGGCGUUACAUGUAUUCAGCACCUUUGAGAAGACAGCUGGCAUCUCGGGGCAGUAAUGUUUGCCACAUGGAUAUCUCAGACAAAGGAGGCGAGGAAAUAGACCUUGAAGGCAUCAACAUGGAUGCUACUGGUUAUAUGAGUGACGGAGAUGUCCUUGGGAAAAAUAUAAGGACUGAUGACAUUACGAGUGGGUACAUGACUGAUGGUGGAUUGGGUCUUUAUACUCGAAGGUUAAACAGACUUCCUGAUGGGAUGGCUGCUGUACGGGAAACUCUGCAACGCAAUACCUCACUGGGUCUAGGUGAUGCUGACAGGGUUCUUCAUGGGCAGCAAACUGGAGAAGUGCUUUGGCCUAAUGACCUGGCAAGCUGGGAUGACAGCAGUUCUGUCAGCAGUGGGAUAAGUGACACCAUAGACAAUCUCAGCACUGAUGACAUUAAUACCAGCUCCUCCAUCAGCUCCUAUGCGAACACACCUGCAUCCUCUCGUAAGAACCUAGAUUCGCAGACUGAUGCUGAAAAGCAUUCCCAAGUGGAGCGGAAUUCUUUGUGGUCUGGUGAUGAAAUCAAAAAAUCAGAUGGAGGCUCAGACAGUGGUGUAAAAAUGGAGCCAGGAUCGAAAUGGAGAAGGAAUCCGUCUGAUGUGUCUGAUGAAUCUGAUAAAAGCACUUCAGGGAGGAAGAACACAGUCAUUUCUCAGACGGGUUCCUGGAGACGGGGCAUGUCGGCUCAGGUUGGCAUUACCACGCCAAGGACAAAAACAACAGCCACUUCAGGAACUUUGAAGACACCUGGAACAGGGAAAACUGAUGAUGCCAAGGUAUCAGAAAAGGGUAGAAUUUCUCCCAAAUCUGGACAUAUUAAACGUUCUCCAUCAGAUGCCGGACGCAGUAGUGGUGAUGAAUCAAAAAAACCCUCCACCAGUAAUUCUAGAACAGCAGCUUCUAAUACAAAUGCAUUUGGGUUUAAGAAACAGAGUGGGUCGACUGUAGGCAUGACCAUAAUAACAGCUAGUGGGGCAACGAUCACUAAUAGAUCUGCUACAUUGGGAAAAAUCCCUAAAUCUUCUGGACUCCUGGGUAGGUCCACUGGUCGGAAGACUAGUAUUGAUGGCUCACAGAAUCAGGAUGACGGUUACUUAGCAAUUAACAGCCGAACCAACCUUCAGUACCGAAGUUUACCCAGACCCAGCAAAUCCAGCAGCAGAAGCGGAGCUGGCAAUAGAUCUAGUACCAGCAGCAUAGACUCCAAUAUAAGCAGCAAGUCUGCAGGCUUGCCUGUUCCUAAAAUGAGAGAACCAACUAAAGUUGUCCUUGGGAGCUCUCUUCUAGGAUUAGCCAACCAAACAGACAAAGAGAAAGGGAUCUCAUCAGACAAUGAAAGUGUCAUCUCUUGUAAUUCUGUUAAAGUGAACCCAGCAUCUCAGACAACUUCUAAUACUGCCCAAACUGUUCACCAGCAAGGAGUCAAGUACCCAGAUGUGGCCUCCCCUACUCUGCGCAGACUUUUUGGUGGAAAGCCUAGUAAACAAGCUCCCAUCACAACAGCUGAAAGCAUGAAAAAUUCUGUGGUCAUCUCCAACCCACAUGCAACCAUGAACCAACAGGGGAACCCAGAUUCUCCUUCUGGGAGUGGCAUUCUGAGCAGUGGUGGUAGUAGUCCUCUUUAUAGUAAAAAUGCAGACAUGAACCAGUCUCCACUAGCAUCUAGUCCCAGUUCAGCUCAUUCAGCUCCUUCCAACAGUUUAACCUGGGGAACUAAUCCCAGCAGUUCCUCUGCUGUUAGCAAAGAAGGGAUUGGAUACCAGUCUGUCAGCAGUCUGCACACCAGUUGUGAAUCCAUUGAUAUUUCUCUCAGCAGUGGAGGUGGGCUGAGCCACAACUCUUCCAGUGGUUUGAUUGCAGCUUCUAAAGAUGAUUCGCUGACACCCUUUGUUAGAACCAACAGUGUUAAGACAACAUUGUCAGAAAGCCCUCUCUCUUCCCCUGCUGCUAGUCCCAAAUUCUGCAGAAAUACUUUACCCAGGAGACAGGACAGCGACCCACAUCUUGAUAGGAACACUUUGCCUAAGAAAGGACUCAGGUAUACCCCAUCAUCACAACUUCGUAAUCAAGAAGAAGCAAAAGAAUGGCUGCGUUCACACUCUGCUGGAGGACUUCAAGAUACAGUUGUCAAUUCCCCAUUUUCUUCUGGUUCCAGUAUUACAUCACCUUCUGGGACCAGAUUUAACUUCUCUCAACUUGCAAGCCCUACCACAGCAACCCAGAUGAGUUUGUCAAACCCAACCAUGCUUCGGACACACAGUCUCUCUAAUGCAGAUGGCCCUUAUGAUCCUUACAGUGACACCCGGUUCCGGAACAGCUCAAUGUCGCUGGAUGAAAAGAGCAGGACAAUGAGCCGUUCUGGGUCAUUCCGGGAUGGCUUUGAAGAGGUGCAUGGCUCCUCUCUGUCAUUAGUUUCGAGCACAUCGUCUAUUUAUUCAACGCCUGAAGAAAAGUGUCAAUCAGAGAUCCGCAAGUUAAGAAGGGAGUUGGAUGCAUCCCAGGAAAAGGUCUCAGCUCUAACAACACAGUUAACUGCAAAUGCUCACCUUGUGGCAGCCUUUGAACAGAGUCUGGGGAAUAUGACCAUUAGACUGCAGAGCCUUACCAUGACUGCAGAACAGAAGGAUUCAGAACUGAAUGAGUUAAGAAAGACCAUUGAACUACUAAAAAAACAAAAUGCUGCUGCUCAGGCUGCCAUUAAUGGAGUAAUUAACACACCUGAACUUGCCUGCAAAGGGAGUGGGACUGCCCAAACCACUGAUCUGCGAAUCCGAAGACAGCACUCUUCUGAUAGCGUCUCUAGCAUUAACAGUGCUACCAGUCAUUCUAGUGUGGGAAGCAACAUAGAAUGUGACUCCAAGAAAAAGAAGAGAAAGAACUGGGUUAAUGAGUUGCGCAGUUCCUUCAAACAAGCUUUUGGUAAAAAGAAGUCUCCUAAAUCAGCAUCUUCUCAUUCUGAUAUUGAAGAGAUGACAGACUGUUCAUUGCCUUCAUCACCAAAACUGCCUCACAAUGGCUCAGUUGUAUCUACACCAUUACUGAGAACCUCACAUUCCAAUUCUCUGAUUUCAGAAUGCAUUGACAGUGAAGCUGAAACAGUAAUGCAGCUGAGAAAUGAGCUUAGAGACAAAGAGAUGAAGCUGACUGAUAUCCGCCUAGAGGCCCUCAGCUCUGCCCACCAACUUGACCAGCUUCGGGAAGCUAUGAACAGAAUGCAGAGUGAAAUUGAGAAACUAAAAGCAGAAAAUGACCGGCUGAAGUCUGAAAAUCAAGGCAGCUGUAGUAGGACCCAGUCUCAGGUUUCCAUUUCAUCCUCUCCAAGGCAAUCUAUCGGUCUCUCUCAGCACAGCCUGAACCUCACAGAGUCAGCUAGUCUUGAUAUGCUUUUGGAUGAUUCCAGUGAUGGUUCAUCUCGGAAAGAAGGUGGCAGGCAUGUUAAAAUAGUUGUAAGCUUUCAGGAUGAAGUUAAGUGGAAAGAGGAUUCUAGGCCUCGCCUCUUUCUGAUUGGCUGCAUAGGAGUCAGCGGAAAAACCAAAUGGGAUGUUCUGGAUGGAGUUGUUAGAAGGCUUUUUAAGGAAUACAUCAUUCAUGUCGAUCCUGUGAAUCAGCUAGGAUUGAAUUCAGACAGUGUCCUGGGAUACAGCAUUGGGGAAAUCAUUCGCACAAGUAGCACAGAAACACCUGAGCUUCUGCCCUGUGGCUAUCUGGUUGGUGAAAACAACACCAUCUCAGUGACUAUCAAAGGUAUCGCAGAAAAUAGUUUGGAUUGCCUGGUGUUUGAGUCCCUGAUUCCAAAGCCUAUAUUACAGCGCUAUGUGUCACUGUUGGUGGAACAUAGGAGAAUCAUCUUGUCUGGUCCAAGUGGCACAGGAAAGACUUACUUAGCCAAUCGUCUGUCAGAGUAUAUGGUACUUAGAGAAGGCAGAGAGCUGGCUGAUGGUGCUAUUGCAACUUUUAAUGUGGAUCACAAGUCUAGUAAGGAACUCCGUCAAUAUCUUUCCAACCUCGCUGACCAAUGUAAUAGUGAAAAUAAUGCUGUGGAGAUGCCUCUGGUGAUCAUCUUGGACAACUUGCACCAUGUUAGCUCCCUAGGAGAGAUCUUCAAUGGCCUUUUGAACUGCAAGUACCAUAAAUGUCCCUACAUUAUUGGAACAAUGAACCAGGCAACGUCCUCUACACCUAACCUUCAACUCCACCACAACUUCAGAUGGGUACUGUGUGCCAACCACACUGAGCCAGUCAAGGGGUUUCUUGGUCGUUUCUUGAGAAGGAAGCUCAUUGAAACAGAAAUUGGUGGCCGGAUGAGAAAUGUGGAAUUGAUAAAGAUCAUAGAUUGGAUUCCUAAAGUCUGGCAACAUCUCAACAAGUUCUUGGAGGCUCAUAGUUCUUCAGAUGUUACUAUUGGUCCACGACUCUUCCUCUCAUGCCCUAUAGAUGUGGAUGGGUCUAGAGUUUGGUUUACUGACCUGUGGAACUAUUCCAUUGUUCCUUAUCUUCUUGAGGCUGUCAGAGAAGGACUACAGUUGUACGGAAGAAGAGCACCUUGGGAGGACCCUGCCAAAUGGGUAACGGAGACUUACCCAUGGGCAGCCACCCCACAACACCAUGAAUGGCCUCCGUUGCUCCAACUGCGGCCAGAAGAUGUUGGAUUUGAUGGCUAUUCCAUGCCACGGGAAGGUUCAACCAGCAAACAAGUUCCCCCCAGUGAUGCUGAAGGAGAUCCUCUGAUGAACAUGCUGAUGAGAUUGCAAGAAGCGGCUAACUAUUCAAGCCCACAGAGUUAUGACAGUGACUCCAACAGCAACAGCCACCAUGAUGACAUCCUUGAUUCAUCUCUGGAGUCAACAUUGUGAUGUAAAACCAGCAGAAAUGAUUGUGUCCCAUGGUCCAUCUCCUACUUCACUUGGGAAGAUAUUAUGAUCAAUGAGGAUAACUGGUCUGUGGUCCUGAGGGAUGUCUCAGUAUUAGAGCAGCAAGAACAAUAUAAACUUACUCCCCCUUCUGUCUUCCCAUCUCCCUCGUUCAGUGUCAAAUGUGGGUGCAGGCAACCCACUUGAUUUUUGUAUUGUGCUUUUAUUUUAUUUUUUCCUAUUAAUAAGAACUGCACUACUUUGUUUUUUGUUUUGUUUUUACUUUGCUGUGAGCUCCCGUACCUAAGACACUGAAUACUUCUCUCCCCCCCAUAAAAGCAUGAUUAUAUUAAUUUUUGGGGGGGAGGGAGUGUUGGAGGGGAAGAUAAAAGAAAAAUGCUCGCCUUCAAAACUAUGAAACAAACAAGAGAGCUCUGUGCCACAUACUGUCCAGAAAGGGAAUGGAUCUUAUCUAUGCUGCUUCUGACCAAACUCAUUCAGUAAUGGUGGAAUUUUUACAAAUGAUCUUUCAGUCUAACCUCAACUACCGAUAGUUCAGGUGCUAUAAAAUAGUUGGUUGCCUUGGUAAUAAUAUUUCAUAAAAAGGCAGAGAUUAAAAACAGGGAAAUUUCAAAUAUUCAUACAUACACACACCACUCCACCAGUGAAGCUGUUCCCCAUCUUUAGGGCUUGGCUUUAUUUAUUUAUUUAUUUCAUUUUGUGUAUAUAAAUGCAGGCACUAGACUCAAUCCAUUGAGCAGAGCUGCUAGACAUCAUCUGUUCCUCACACUGAAGCUGUAAAUUCUGUGCCCCUUUGAACCAGGAUCUGAAGAAUGGAUAUGGACUUGUAGAAGAAAACUCAAACCAUGCAACUAAGCAUUCACUUUUUGUUUCAGCAAUAGGGCCUGCUGAGAGUGGAGAGAAAUCCAGCUUCUAGUGUCUUUCAGAACAAACCCAUUGAAUCAGUGGAAAUUUGGUUAAGUUGGCACAUAAGUAAAUUCAAGAGGUUGAAAGGCUCUAAUCUAGUUGGAACUAGUAACUGAAUUCAGGCCAGAGAAAAAGUGAAAGCAAAGUCCAGGUUGGUUCUCGUUGAUGGUUACUCAUCCCUUCUUUGGGCACUAGUCCACAUAUAGGACAUGUGGAUUUAAAACCUUUAAUUUAAACACUUUAAAGCAUCCGUUUGGAUUUUUGAACACUGCAAUUUAAUCAGUGGUUUAACAAACUGCUGAAGAAGCUGUUGUGAGGUUUUGAAGGGCUGCUCUGUCUUUGCACUAACUCAGUGCAAAUUUCCUUUCCUUUUUUUUUGUUUGAUCAGCUGCUCCUGGUAGCAUAGAACAAACCUUUUAACUCCUCUUUUGCAAAAACCUUUGUGGAAUUCCAUUUUGCAAAAUGGAACUCCCUUACUGCAGAAGCCAUUUGCCAUGGAACAAAAGCCCCUUUGGGGGCUUGUUGCACUAGUUCUUUGGUUCUUUGGAGCCCAUCAGUGUACUUCUGCCUAUGCAGAUACAUGUAUACAUAGGAUAAAUGACCUGCCUCCGUUCACUUGCUCCAUGGUCCCAUAUCUGACAUAGUUGCCUUCUCCUGGUCCCAACUUUGAUGUCUGUAAAUUCAGCAGGACAUCAGAAAGGGCUAUGCAGGUGCCAUUCUUCAGCCCCACUGAACUUCUAGACAUCAGGCUUGUAGAAAGGGGUGGCAACAUGAGGAGCAGGGUAUUAUACAUAUUUGUGGGAGCAUGUUCUUCCAAGACGAAGACUUAUCAAAUGCAGCCUAUUCAGGGAGUAGAUGCCUUUAAGGAAGCCUGGGUACUUAUUUUAAUUCUGCCUUUCCCUCUGCUUCUCCAACACUGAUUAUCAUCCCUUGAGUUAGACAUUCAUUAUUCCUUUGGAAUAAAGUCAUUUCAUUUAGAUCAGCACAUGAAAAGAUAAAAGAAGGAUCAUGGCUUGUAUUUUUUUUUCUUACUAGACAGCAAAAGUUGGGGGAAAUGAAUACCAUUUCAGUGAGACUGUACUCACUGAAGUAAAUUAAUUUCUUGUAGUUAAUCCCGAGUUUUCUGCUUAAGAAAUUUUGUAGAUAGUUUUCCAGUCAGUCAUAUAUACAUGUAUGUGAAGGAAGGGGAAAACAUAGGGUUUUAAAAUCUGUGCUCAUUAAGCCCCACCAAGUCAUGCAGGUUAAACUACGGAUUUUUUUAAAACAACAGAUUUUUUCUUAGCCAAGUCUUCAGUAAAGGAGAACAGUCUUUAUAAAGUAGGAGUGACGAAUUUGUGACCCCCCUGAGUUCAUUAGGCUGCGGCUUUCAUAAUCCUGCAUCUGGAAGACAACAUAUUCCCCACUUGUACUAUAAUAUUUUAACAGGAUUGUAUUUUUAAACUUACCACCAAACAAUCAGCAUACAGUACUUCUCUGGAUCCUUUUGUCAUCUCCAAAUGCACAGAAUACAAGUGUGGAUGGGUGGGUGGAGGGUUAAAAAUAAAGGCUUGGUGCUUCUGCUGGGGACAAAACACCUCAACAAAAAUUGCACUCUGGUUUGUGGGUUUUAAAAAAAUGCAACAACAACCAGCCAGGUGUCUCAGGCUGUUCCUUGGGCAGUUACACAGUUCUCAGCAUACACACACACACUCGCCUUUUCAGCUAUCUUUGGGUGCUGAUUUUUUUUUUUAACGUGAUGCCUUACCUACUUUCUACUAAUUGUGUUUGAAUUCUAUUAGUGCUGUAUAUGAGGAGGGUUUGUUCUUUUUAAUUUAAACAAAACAGGGCUAUCAAAGUCAUCUCUUGAAAUACAAUGAUGUGAGUUGCUGUGAAUAUUGUUUGUAAUAAUAUAUAUGAAAUUUCUUUUCUUGCAAAUGUGAAAAUACCUAAAGGAGGAAAAGGAUGCAGAGAGACGGAAAAAACUUUGAGAAUUUCCAUAUCAGCCUAUAGCUAACCAGCUAAUCAUUGGAUAAUUGUUUCUUUGAUGGAAGCAAAAGAAGAAGAAGAAAACCCCACCUUUUCCUAUGAUACUGAAUGGCAUCACUGCUAAAUUUGAAGUGAUAGAGUCUUUCUGUGUUUUGGUUUUGAAAUAUGCAGGUAGAAUGCAACAGUUUUUAAAAAGAGAGUGUUAAUAUGGCUUAACUGAUGCAAGAUGUGCAAGUUCAUGCUACCAUGACUCAGGUUACUGAGCUGAUAGUUUUAAUUAUACCUCAUGAUUUUCUGCUUUCAGUGACAGGAGUGAAUUUGUCUUUUGAGCCUUUUAAGAACUUGUUCCUUUUACCCAUUUUCUAGUAACUUUUGAAAUAACUGUAUCAUUUGUAAAAGACAAUACUGAAUUGCUCAAAUGGACAUUUACUGUUGGAUCUAAAAGGGAUUCUUGAGGUUUUUCUUUUCUUUUCAAAAUAGACUACUCUGCUAACCUUAUUUCCUAUUAUCCAUAAUCCUCAAAUGAUCAGGCUACUUUUGGAAGAAGCUAGCUAUUUUACUACAUGUUGAUUUUGCUUUCUUCAACUGAGUAUAGAAUCCAGGCUUCAAAGAUCUCCUACAUUAAUUUUUCCCGUCUUGUGACAUUUAGUUCCAUUUUUGCGGAAACUUAUUUCCACUCAUGUGAAACUGAUUCUGUAAUAGCUGUCCCUCUGAUGUGCUAGCUUUCCACAUGCAGGGUGUUUUUUUUUAAUCCAGAAGGAACAUUCACUCUAUGCAUUGAAUACAAUGGUACAAUCUACUUUUUCUUUCUGAAUUUAUUCUUUUAUGAAAACAGAGUACAUUCUGAAUUUAUUUCAGCAUAAUCAUUUAUUUUGUGGGAAUAUGUUUACAUUCCACUCUGCCAAAAUCCUUUUGAAGGGGAUGUCCUCCACUGAAGGAACACUACUUGCAGUGGAACAGGCCAUUUGGCUUUCUUUCUGUUAGACCUCAUUCCUAUGUUAUACUUUUUAAACAGUUUAUAUUUUGAACCCAAUGGAUAAAAUUCCAUUGCUUUGCAUUCAUGCAGAUGGCUAAAGUUCUAAUCAGACUAAUGUGACUAAUAGAAUCCACACACCACUCUAAAAUCCAGGGCUUUUUUCCUUUGUAUGUUAGGAAGAGAUGCACUCCAAAUAAGUGAGAUUUGGAUAUUGCACAAGUUCAGUCCCUAACAGUAGGUUUAGCAAACGGGUGUUCCUCCACUACACACUGAUUUGACAGGGAAGAGUGAGGCAUUUCACUUGCAUGAUGAUAUCUACAUGGAACUGUCUAGCAGGAAAUGGUUCAAUUGUCACUUGAGACUCUGUCCUGGAAAAAUAAAUUCUGGCAUAGUGCCUAUCUCCCUGGUAUAAACAAAGAAAUGUGUCUGGUGUAAGUCACCUUUUAUUCCAUAGUAAGGUGAGUUUCCCCCACUCGAUAAACAUAUAGGGGACUAGUCUGCUUUAUGUAUACACCUUAAAUCUAAUAGGCUUAGAUCUAGAGCCACUUGUGCUUCCAGUAAACCACUGAAAUCAGUGGGAUAUGUUAGACAUAGCUGAUUUAAAUCCCACUUUAUUUCAGUUGGUCUGCUUUAAGCAUAACAGUCCACCGUACACCAAAAUACUUGGAUUCUAACCAACUAGCUUGAGGAAUAUAGCCACUGUGUAUAAAUCUACAUCAACAGAGUUUUAAUUCUGAUUGUGCUCCAAAGGAUAAGUUAUACAUCUCAAUUUUAUUGUAUCUCUCAGAACCUAAUAUUUAGUACAUAAUGCUAUGUUUUCUCCACUUUCUGCUGUGAGUGAUUUAUGCAGAGAUACGUAACUCUUGACAAUUCAGUUCCAUAGAGAUGCAUCUAAAAACAUGCAGUAGCUGUUUCUUAUGGUCGUGUCACACAUUGGUCUUGAUCUAGUGAGAUCCUUGCAAAAGUGUGUAUUGAUUACUUUGUUGCAGUUCUUUGCAGGAGUACUUAUUUGAGAUGAGAGCUCUGUGGAUCAUUUAAAAGGAAAGAUCAGCUCUGUGUGUGCAAAAUACUGUGGAUGCAAGUAUUUGAUCCUGACACUGAAAUGGUACUUAUGCAAAAACUCUGUAUGCAUUAAGUCUCUCUGGAGUCAGAACACUUCACAGAUAUCAAGGCACACAAGGUUUCACACACACACACACCAUAAUAAUAACAGCUUAGUAAAAUUAUAUGUGAAUCAUUCCUUAGAGGUGGAUCCACAUCAAAGUCUAAUUUACCUGAUCACCUUUAUAUAAAAUGAGUCAGAUAUCCAAUUUUCCCCACACAUCCUGUUGUGGUAUUCAUGAAAGGUAUCCUCCUCUUUAUUGCUCUCUAACAGACCAUGGUUUGGAUCAAUGAAAAAUUAACUUGGAAUAAUCACAUUCUUUCACACAACUGUAGUGCCCUUUCUGAAACUUCGGGAAGCAGGGUUACCCAUUGUGCACAUUCCUUAGUAAGCUUAUCUUUUUCAUGUAGAAAAACAUCCAAAUAACAAAACACUUUACCCAGAUUGCUUCCAGUUUUGCCAUUCUCCCUUACCCAAAUUGGCAUGAUUUCCUCUAGUUUGGUUUUAGUACAAAACUCUAUGCAACAUUCAUGUUUAGUUAUGAACUGGAAGCAUACAACAUUUUCCUUUCCUUCACAAUGGUCAAGAAUUGUACCAGUCAUAAAUUAUGUAAUUGUGAUUUUUUUUUUCCCCUUGGUUUUUAGGGUAAUGGUGCAGAGACAGGGAGGGUAUGGCUAGCCUCCCUCCUUUUUUGGUAUAUUUUGCAAAAAAAAAAGUAAAAGAAAAAAACCUAAAAUAUUGCAUUGUUGAUGCUUAAACUUUUGAUAUUUUGUGUCUUGAACCUUGUCUAAAUGUGACAAUUCUCUUUUAAGGAAAACAAAAGGAAAAAAACAAAAGUGUGGAUAUUAAAUGGAAGGUUGCUGUUUUGAUCUAGUUGUUUCCAGUGGAACCAUUUAUGGGGGGAAAGUUCUCUAAGAUGUACAUUUUUCUCAUUGUAACAUAGAAAUGUAAAUAUUUGAUUACAAGUGCUGCAUUUUGAUGAAUUUUUUCUAGCCAUUUUUAACAGAGAGAAAAACUAGGUAUUGAGUAUUUUGUGUACAGUAUGAUGUUUUUUUCCACUUCUCUAUUUAAUUUUCUGCUACCAUUUAGGAUUGGAAUUUGCAAAUGGUCUAUUUGGGAUCAUUCCUUGCCUCUGUUUGCCCUUACCAUUCUUCCCCUGCCCUGCCCCAUCCUACAUCAUGGAGAAUAAAGCUAAUGAUUGUACCAGUCUUAAAUUAUUCAUGAUUCAAUAAAUUUGAUGCUUAUUUAUUCA